CCCGGAUGGUCGCAGGCUCCCGGCGCCGAGUGCUUUUCCUGCCCGCCCGGCUCAGCCCUUUGGGCCCAGGGAGAAGUUUCCCAGAAAAAAUGCUCGGCGCGGCGCGGGGCCGUGGAGCCGCCCGGAGCCGCUGCGCGAUUUAUCAGCAAGACUGUUGAAAGCAUAAUUGUCCAAGAUGCCUGUCCCUCCCCCUCCAGCGCCCCCGCCGCCACCCACAUUUGCACUGGCCAAUACAGAGAAGCCUACCUUGAAUAAGACAGAGCAGGCCGGGAGAAAUGCUCUUCUCUCUGACAUCAGCAAAGGGAAGAAACUAAAGAAGACGGUCACCAAUGACAGAAGUGCACCAAUAUUGGACAAACCUAAAGGAGCCGGUGCUGGCGGUGGUGGUGGCUUUGGUGGAGGUGGAGGAUUUGGCGGAGGAGGUGGCAGCAGUGGCAGUGGUGGUAGCGGCAGCAGUGGUGGUGGAAGUUUUGGAGGGGGUGGACCUCCUGGAUUGGGAGGACUAUUCCAGGCUGGAAUGCCGAAGCUGAGGUCCACAGCCAACAGGGAUAACGGUAAUGAGAGUUUCCUUCUGAAUUCUGGGGGAAGCAGACCACCAGUUUUGCCACCAGGAGGAAAAUCCACAUCUACCAAACCUUUUUCACCCCCAAGUGGCCCAGGGAGGUUUCCUGUGCCUUCUCCAGGCUACAGAAGCGGUCCCCCAGAGCCUCAGAGGAACCGAAUGCCUCCCCCAAGGCCCGAUGUGGGCUCAAAGCCUGAUAGCAUUCCCCCUCCAGUACCUAACACGCCAAGACCCAUUCAAUCAAAUCUGCACAACCGGGGGUCCCCACCGGUGCUUGGGACCCCCAGGCAGCCCGGCCCUGGGCCUACUCCUCCCCCUUUCCCUGGAAACCGAGGUGCUGCUUUUGGAGGAGGUUCCAUACGUCAGACACCCUCGGGCUCCUCCUCGCCCUUCUCCAACAGGCCUCCACUGCCCCCCACCCCAAGCAGGGCCUUGGAUGACAAACCCCCUCCACCGCCUCCUCCAGUGGGCAACAGGCCCUCCCUCCACAGGGAAGCAGCUCCACCUCCGCCCCCUCAAAACAACAAGCCUCCAGUGCCUUCCACCCCACGGCCUUCCUCCUCCUCACAGGCCCCACCUCCUCCACUGCCACCCAGCAGGCCUGGCCCUCCUCCCCUGCCUCCAGGUUCCAGUGGCAAUGAUGAAAUCCCAAGGCUUCCACAACGGAAUUUGUCCCUCACUUCGUCUGCACCUCCCUUGCCUUCCCCAGGACGUUCAGGCCCUCUUCCUGCCCCACCUAGUGAGAGACCCCCUCCUCCGGUGAGGGACCCACCAGGCCGAUCAGGCCCCCUCCCACCACCUCCUCCAAUAAGCAGAAAUGGCAGCACAUCUCGGGCCCUGCCUGCUACCCCUCAGUUGCCGUCCAGGAGUGGAGUAGAUAGUCCCAGGAGUGGGUCCAGGCCUCCUCUUCCUCCCGACAGGCCUGUUGCAGGAGGACCUCCCCCACCUCCACCAUCAACAUCAAUUAGGAAUGGCUUCCAAGACACUCCAUGUGAAGAUGAGUGGGAAAGCAGAUUCUACUUCCAUCCGAUUUCUGAUUUGCCACCUCCAGAGCCAUAUGUACCAACGACCAAAAGUUAUCCCAGUAAAUUAGCAAGAAAUGAAAGCCGGAGUGGAUCCAGCCGAAGAGAAAGGGGUGCCCCGCCUCUUCCUCCCAUCCCGAGGUGAUCUCUGCCUGCUCCCCUCUACCGGCGCUCGGAGCUCGGGAACUGCUUCUAUUGUUGCGCCUCAAGAACUGCACACCCUCCUCCCCCUCUCUUCCCAUGUCCCCUGCAUAUUGGGAGGAGGGAAGAAGGGAGGGUGAGGUGGGAGUCUGCGUGCAUUGGGGUGGGAAUCUGGUAAAGAAACGCACCUAGCUUUUUAGAUUGUGAGUAUCCUGAAAGCUAUUGCUUGCUUCAGCUGCAGCCUGCCAGUGUUGCUGCUGGAGGUCGAUAGGAUUUUGUGGCAAGUAAGCAGAAAUGAAUUGUAUCCCAGCUUUCAACCAAUCACAUGCAAGCCUUUACUGCUUAUUUGCUACAGGCUGUAAUUAUGAAAGUCCCGGAGGGCUGUGUUCUUCCAUGCCUUUUCCGCAUGCUUGGCCUCCUGUCUGUUUCCAUGAACUACAGCCCACCUAAGCAAGUUGCUGAGCAAGGGCUCGCAGGAAAUUUUGCGGUUACACGAUGUCCAAUCUUUGGCAGUCUGAGGUAGGCUUUGGGACAGAGCUGUCCAGUAGAAAUAUAUGAGCACAUAUACAAAUUUAAAAAUUUUUAAUAGCCACAUUUUUUUAAAAAGCUAAAAAGAAAUGAGUGAAGUUUUAAUAUAUAUUUUA